AUGGCUCACACUCGAGCACAGUUGGCCGCCCAGAGGGGCCGCACAUCGUCGGCGCUAAAAGAUCAAGGCAACCGACCCUGGGGCAUUCGAAAGCCAAAAAGCCCCGAGGCGGCACGACCUCAAAAGCGUCUAACUCCAAAGUCUAUUGAGUGCGUGCAGCGGUAUUCAUCUCCUAAAAGAAAGAGUCCAUCUGAACUGGAUCUUACGACUGGCAAACGCGGUACGAAACGACCCAUUAACACCCGUAAUCAAGAACCAGACUCUGCCCAGAAGCGCCCACGUCGAUCCCCUCGAUUCUCCCUCGUGCGGCAAACCCCAAAACAGCCCUUGAAUAGCCACGCUGACACCCGCGAGCCAUUUAAUCCGAUUGAAUUUUGGGCAAGAGAAGGGAAGUGGCCGCGAGAAUACUUCGAAUCUAAAAUGGAGCAUUUACUUGCUCGGAAGAAGUCGCUACCAUCUCUAAGCCGUAAACGAUCGAACUCUGCUACUUCAACGACACCCAGUGAUCAGAAGCCGAGAGAGGAGAAGAGUGCUCCUUACAGAGAUCCGCGGUACAAAACCCUGCUUGCAUCUAAGGGUAGCUUUAUGGAUAAAUCGAAUCUCGGGAUCACUAAGGAAAGCAAAAAUAAAUAUUUUGAAUUGCUUAGCACAAAGCAAACGGCCCUAAAUGACUCCCUCUUCCUAGAUAGCCUAUUUGAAGAAACCUGCCGAAGCGUUGAGGACAGGAACGAGGCUAGGGUUAUGCGGGAUCUCACACCCUUAAUUGUUCCCUCAGCUGAAAUUUUACGCAUACGCGGUGCAAAACAGCUGAAUAUCCUGAUAGAAAGCGUCAACGAAGGCUGGAAUAACUCAAUCCCACUGACUGGGACCCGCCCCCAACCCGACUACUCUCUGGGCUUCAAGCGCGAGGCGUUUAGCGACGACCAGCUGGCCAAGCUAUCGCCGUUUAUUGGCGACUUUAUCACUGGAGACCAGUCCUUCUUUAUGGCGACAUACUAUAUGUACUUCCCCUUCCUCACGUGCGAGGUGAAGUGCGGCGCCGCUGCGCUAGACGUGGCCGAUCGCCAGAAUGCUCACAGCAUGACUUUGGCAGUACGAGGUGUUACCGAGCUCUAUCGUGCUGUUAAACGCGAAGACGAAGUCAACCGACAGAUCCUUGCAUUUUCUGUCUCGCAUGACCAUAGAUCGGUGAGAAUCUACGGCCACUAUCCUGUGAUAGAAGGCAAGGAUACUACGUAUUACCGGCAUCCUAUUCAUACCUUUGAUUUCACAGCCCUAGACGGCAAAGAAAAGUGGACGGCUUAUCAUUUCACGAAAAAUGUGUACGAGUUAUGGAUGCCGUCUCAUUUUAAGAGGAUAUGCUCAGCCAUUGACCAGCUACCGUCGGACCUGGAUUUCGAUGACCCAUCGCUGCCGAUAACUGGAUUAUUCCAGGACUUACAGAGUCACUAUUUGGAUGCUGACUUGGUCUCGCUUCCCGCUGAGCAAGACAGUCAAUCAACUAAGCAACAAAUAGCUACUCCAAGCACAUCGUUUACUAACCCUAGCACGGCGAAGAAGCGGAAGGGUAAGAAGUAA